GUUUUGUAAAUUUUCUUUCAUUUCGCAGUGUUCUUCUACACCAAAACACACACUACACACACUCAUCGUCUUUUUAAAGCCUCGAGUAUAAGGAAUUGAUCUUUCUGGGCUCAUUCUACAACCAGUUUCAGGAGCAAAGAGGCAAAUGCCUGGCACUUCGGUUCAACCACUUCAUGGCAUUGUCAAGGAAGAGCCCUUUAGCAUACUUCCGUAUAUUGAUGAGAAGCCAUGUUUGGACGCGAUGAACACAAACUUUGUUUCCAAUAGACAAAGAUCAAAGUUUCAACCUGGAUCCAGCAAUGGAACAGCUGAAGUGGAUGAUAUUGAAUAUUACACAAUCUCUGGGAUGAAGCCGUAUUUUGAUCUGAUUCUAGCAAAGACACAUGUCAAUCAUCCAUUUCGAGUGAACCUCCCAGGCAGGAUGGUGCCUGAGCUUCCUUUUGAAUUGGUCCCUAUGGUUCUCAUUUCUUGUGGCAAGAGAUGGGAGACGUUUUACCAUGGAGACGGCUCAGCAAAAAGAUUUGGCUGGAAAAGAUUUGUAAUGGAUAAUGAUCUGAAAAAAGGAGACUGCUGUUUCUUUGAGCUCAUGGAAUGCAGCAAAACGAACAUCGUAUUUAAGGUUAUUAUCCUUAGAGGUUCCCUGCCUUUUGGUGGAGGACCUGAAGAUGGUGACACUCCAGAGACAGCAAUCUUUAUUGAAUAGAUCAAUUCAUUGGAUUAUACUUGGAGUUUCUAUUUACUGAUUAGCAUCCUAUCUUGAUGCCAAACAUUUCAGGCAUAACUUUGUAGAAGGACUUGAUGAAUUUACUUGUUUUUGUUGUCUGUUUAUAC